UAGAAAUCAGUUCAGUUCCGAAGAACACACAAAGUGAGUUGAAUCACAGCGGAAUGCCUGCCACGUCGGUGAUUUUGCUGAGCUUCUUCGUAAGUGCCAUCGUGGCCAUAGAUUUUCCAGAACACAAUUGCCCCGAAUAUUUCACAUAUGGCAUUGAAGGAAACGGAAGUUAUAUAGGCGUUUUCACGGCAAACAAGGCCGGCCUCAAUGUAUUGAAUUUCAAAGCGGUGUUUGAGUGGACAAAACUCAGUCUUCCGCAAGUAUCGGGUAUGAUGCCGUUUCCCAACUACAAAGAAGCCAUCGCAGGUAUUAACAAGGGACUUCGUGGCCAGACUUUUGUUCGAUUCAUUAACAUUAACAAUGUUAAUAAGCUGCCUACACUUACUAAAUUCUACCUUAAUGAUGAGUUACUUUGCAACGCAGCGCUAAAAACAUUUCGCAAACAUUCUGGACUAAAAAUUUCCACUAGAUUAUCCACCCAAGAGAAUAUUAGAAGAGUAGGAAAUACUCGCCCAAAAAUGCAUCCAACUUUACCGUUAAUAAAUCCCAGAGAGUUCAUAUGAUGUACUUACUUCAAAUAUUACUAAACGUCAUUUUUUUAAAACAACGUUAAAAAAAAUUAUAUCAUUAUUUCUUUGACCGUUUCUUUGACAGCUAUAUGUUAGAGUCGUCCUAUUUUUAUUACAUUUCAUUAGAAAUUCUUCUGUCAAAAUAAACCAAAGCUAUAAUUUGUUUCAUAUUAUUUUCUUACCAAUUUUCCGAUCGUUUCUAUAGCAACUAUAUAAUAUAUUCGUCCGAUUUUGAUAAAAUUUAAUUCGAAAAUCAGAAACUAUUAAAAAUGUUAUUUUUUAGAGUUAUUUUUUGCGUUUACUCCUAUGGGAGCUUUAAGAUGUCGUUGUCCGAUUGCUUUAAAACUGAGAGACUAGUUUUCGUAGAAACUUCUGACUGAAAUCAUAAUAUCCUCUGCGAGGGUAUAAUAAUGAAGCGUGAAUAUAUGAGGUUAAUAAAAAUGUGUUCUACCUACAAUCGGUAUACGCUUACGGAUAGCAUUCGAGGUAUCAUUUAAAGGCACAUAAAAGUAUUUAUACGAAAGAGUUAAAAAUAAAACCCAUUUAGGAAACCAGAUAAGCUUGAAAAGACUUACCGUUCAUCAGAAAGUUAAGGGCAGUCAGCCGAGAGGAAGAUGGCCAAAAACAAGAUGUAGAGGAACCGCAAAAGGAAAGGAACCAACUAAGAAACUCAGAGAAGGCCACUAGGAAGCCACCUACUUUGUAUCAACAGAUAAAAGUAAAGUUUUUCAACAUCAUUUACUCAGAACCAGAAUCGGAGCCGCCGUGGAGUUGGAGUCUGACUUAAUUCCACGGUCGAGAGGUGAAUUUCCCCGGAAAACCUAAAACAAAAUACAUAAAAGUGU